GCAAGCAAAAAAAAAAAAUGACCACGGCUGGUGGACCCACGAUUAGUACCGCAGACAAGGCGAGCUCGCACUCGGGCAAUGGCAGGUUCCACAACCAGGAUCAUGGGACCACGAAUGGGUGCCAACUACGAAGUCCGCCUGGAUCCAAACUUCAGAUCGGUUGCCGCCCAACUGCGACACGUGGCACGACAUGAUGAUAAUGAUGACGACGGUGAUAAACACGAUGAUGGUGACGAUUACGUUGGUGAUGUUGAUCUGGACGACGAUGUCGCUGAUGAUGAUGACGAUGUUGAUGACGAUGAUGAUGUCGAUGAUGAUGUUGGUGAUGCUGAUGAUGGUGAUGAUGACGAUGAUGAUGAUGACGAUGAUGACGGCGAUGAUGACGAUGUUGAUGAUGACGAUGACAACGAAGAUGACGAUGGUGGUGAUUUUGAUGACGGCAACGAUGUCGCUGAUGAUGAUGAUGUUGUUGAUGACGUUGAUGAUGUUGAUGAUGAUGUUGAUGAUGAUGACGAUGUUGAUGAUGUUGACGAUGUUGAUGAUGAUGUUGUUGAUGAUGAUGAUGAUGUUGAUGAAGAUGAUGAUGAUCACGAUGACAAUGAUGGUGUUGAUGAUGAUGAUGAUGAUGAAGAUGAUGACGAUGAUGAUGGUGGCGACGAUGAUGGUGAUGAUGGAGAUGAUGAUGAUGAUGAUGAUGGCAAGCAAGAAUCAUGGGGCCGCUCGCGAGGAAAGAACGAGCGUGAAUCAGAAGGGGACACAGAAACCAUGUGGCCCAACGUCACUGACAUCCUUUCCCUCCGUCCCCGCAACUUGAAACAUGUGGCGCGACACGGCCGCUCCCAUGGGCCGGCAAACAUGCCUGGCUCACAGGUGUUCGACGAGGCGCAGUUCUUCGAUGACGGCGAAGCGCACACGAUGGCGCAACUGUUCGAUAAGGGCUCAGCGCAGACGGCGGAGAUGUUCCUGCUGGGCCGUGGAUCCGAACCUGCUGUGCACGGUUCCUCGGACAAUCGUCAAUUUCGGAUCACGGCGGACUUCGGAUUCUACAAAAUGCGAAGUCCUCUGAGAUCCGAAUUUCCCGUGCACGGUUCGUCGGAAAACUGUCGAGUUCGGACCCCGGCGUACUUCACCUUUCGGGUGGUGCGGGUUCUGACUGUGGACUUCCAGGUGACCGAUGGAUUGCCACAACUUUUUAUUCGUAUGAAAGUGAAGUCCGCUUGGAUCCGAGCUUCGUGGCAGUUUGGGACGUUGAGUUUGGGAGACAACGUCGUCUUUCCCGUGCAGUCUCGCCAAGUUCGGAUCCAGGCGAACAUGUCACGGGGCGUGUUUGCGGCUGGCCUGCGGGCCGGUUGCGUGAUGGAGGGGACCUUCUCGACACCACGGGCCAUGAGUGUCGAGAGGCACAUUCGCUUAGCAAAACCUUUUCGUCCUUGUGUGAAAUCCGUGCGGCAUUUCAACGGUGUGACAACGAUCCACGGAGCGACCGCAGAGGACUUCGACGAGGACCCAUGGAUGACCGUCGUCCCGUGCAUGGACUCGCAUCUUGACGACUGGGGCGAGGGCAAUUGGGCCAAUAUGGAGAGUCACUGCCCUUGGGCAAGCCAAUAUAAGUUCGCAAAUAUGUUGGAGUUCGGGGACCUCAUCCCACUGCCUGACGCCGUCCUCAGACAUAAGUUCCUGAACCAUAUGCGCAAAGCACUAAGCUGCAUUAGCCGCUAUUUCAGUCGCCUCGAGUGCCACAACGUCAGGUCAUCGCCACAAACUUGGGGGGGCUCGCGGAAACAAGAGUUGGUGAACUGCGCUCGUCGCUGCUCGUUCCUGGACCAGUACCCGCUUCGUGGCCACGGGAUUUAUCCACGAGCUGUGUCGUACUGCUGUGCGCGGUUGACUGUGUCCGGAACUGAUUUCGCCAGAGUUCUGUGUGUCGCUGCUUCGAACAAGAGAAGGAAACUCAUCGACGCAGUUGUGCUCGUGUCGCGCAACGAGGUUGUGAUUGAAGGGUCCAAAUUCGUGCCGAUGCGUGGGCCUGAACGUGUGGAUGGGUGGCCAGAUUUGGUGAUAGCAGACAAUAUGUCUUCGUCCAGGGGCGAAGGGGAGCCUGCGGCGACCUCCGAGAUGGGAUCUGGGAAAGAUUCUACAAAACGGUCGUCUACGACCUCGAGGACGUGGUCCGACCACGCUAGGUCGAAAUGGUUCGUCGACUGGUGCUGUGGGGAUGCAUCAAACCCAGCACAACAGCCGUGUGGUCUUGUGAUCUUCGUGGAAGCCAACAAGCGGUGUAGGGUACUGGGGGUUGCCUUGCGGUGGGAGAAUACGAAAGGUAGUCGUCGACGGUUCUACAUGAAAAAUGUCUACGGUGCGAAGUGGAACGUCUUCGCCGGUGCCCAGGGGGCGAUUCUGGACAUGUGUUUGUUCAAGGGGUUCGGAGCGGGUGCUGCUAACACCCCGUUCUACAACGACCUCCGGCAGCAGGGCGGGUUUGGCAGCGUCUACGGGGAUAUGGAACGCAAUCCGACCCAAUUCGUCCGUCUUCUUGAUUUUCUUGGCAAGAAGGGAGAGGGUGUCGUGUUCCUUGAGAAANGCGUCUACGGGGAUAUGGAACGCAAUCCGACCCAAUUCGUCCGUCUUCUUGAUUUUCUUGGCAAGAAGGGAGAGGGUGUCGUGUUCCUUGAGAAACCGCACUCACGAAGCAUCUGGGAGCUUCUGAAGGCCGCCCGGCACGUUGUCGCAAUGGAAGGGAACUCCGACCUCUUGCAAUUCACGAUGCAAGUGGUGAUUAGCGAGGUCAAUUCGGAUGGGCACAAUUGUGAGUGCAUGGUCGUGAGGCCAACACAGGAUAAGGUGUGGAGCAACAAGACGGAUAUGUGGUUCAAGUUGAGCGAGUGGAAGAGGAACAAGAUUUAUGAUUUCUUGUUCCUUCAAACGCGUCCGAGGAGGGACACUGACGCCGAGUACAUCCGCGGGAAGGACCACAUAUUGGCACUACUCGACAACUACCACUUCGCCUCCCGCAUGAACGCGAAGACAUUUAUCGAAAGGCUGCAGUCGCUGUACUUCGUAGAGUCCGAGGAGCAGUUGAAGUUAGCCAUUUACGCUUCCCUGAUCUCCACUGACAACGAGGAAGCCAUAGGUGUGGAGUUUGUCGCCAACGCGAAGGAGGAGGAGAGCGACACGGAAAGCAUCGACCUGCAGUACGACCCGCCUCCGACGGACCACGGCCGAGGGUCCUCGUCGGUCGGUCCAUCACCAAGCGCUGCAGCCCUCGUGUUACCAUUCGCCAAACCGGCGCCGGGCACCACGCCGAUGAAGUUGCUGGAGAGACUUAGAGCUCUGGCAGCUCCCCCGCCCGUUUUGCAUCCCGGGUCCGACAAGUGCUGGUUGGAAUUGACGGAGGACUUCUACGAGCUCGACACGAGUCCGUCGAAGGGCGUGGUGGACUGGAAAGUGCCCCCUCCCAGUGGGUCGGACCAUGGUUUCGGGGGGGGGUCACCUGGAAGCGGAGCUGAUGGGGGUGGCAACGCAGGGGGUGGCAAAGGACUCCCGCCUAUGGGGGAGAGAGGGUCUCACGGCCGCAACACGACACCGGGAGGCAGCGCCGGGGUGGUGGGUUUCGCCGUCGACCGGACUCCGUCGACAGGCACCCGGCCCGAGCAUACGACACACUCCGCCGACCCCCAGACUUCGUCCGUGGGUUCAGCGAGGGACACGUUGGCAGCCUUGGUUGCUCUGGGCAGUCGCUCGGUCGGAAAGCCGAAGUCCGCCGGGAUCCGAACUACGUCGGUUGAGAAGCCGCCAGAGCGGUCCGGAAUUGGAAGCUGCUCGAGGUCGGGGGAUCCAAGCAAGGAUCGAGAAAUUCGCAGCAUUGCGGCGCGGGACGGAGACGUCGGAAAGGUGUCGCCUGGGCGGGAGCGACGGCCGCAAGGAUUGCAGCGGGGGGCUGCAAGUGCAGGGUCCGGCGACACGGAGACCACGAAGUCCGCCGAGAUCCGAACUUCUUCUGGCGGGGUUUGUCGGUCAAGGAUUGUCGUGCCGUUGAGAGGGGCAGCGUGCACGGGGACGGAAGGGCGGUCCCCGAGAUUCGGCACGGGUACCGCGGAAGGGGAGGAGUUUCGUGGGAGGGAAGUAGGGGAGAAAAUGGAGGAACAGAAGGGAGCGCAAGAAGGGGAGGAAGAAGGGGAAGAAGAGGUGGAAGGGGAGGAAGCGGGAGAAACGGAGCUAAUCGAUUUGUUUGAACGAAGGGAGGGUGCCGGGUCUGGAGAAGACGAAGUGGAACACAGUGAGGACGAUGCCGGAUAUGGAGAGUCAUCUGACGAGUUUGGACAACUGUACGAAGAGCAUCACGAGGAUGAUGUCGACGAUGAUGCCACGACAAUAGAGAUGGAGACACAAGUGGUCAGCAGCCUUUCCGCAAAGCCUGAAGAGUAUGAGGUCCGGCCACUGACGUCUACUGUCGACUUGCAGCACCGGUUCGACGAGGCUUCCGUCGCUAUCAGCUCGUCUGAAAAAAGUCGACGUAUAAGCAUCGACGAAGUCAUCGACGGUAUCCUCAGCGACCACAACGUGUUUGCCCGUCCGUCCGCAACUGCCAACGUCGCAUCUUCCGUGGCAGCUACCCUCGCUUCGUCGCGCCGAAGUUUCUGGUGUUGCCGGCCACCCUUGCCGCCGAAGGGGAAGGCGAGUGCGGUGGAGGACAGCAUGUGACGUCCCCAAAAAAAUCGAGGUUCGACAGUCAAGCUCUCGACGUGCUCGCUUUGCCUGCGCCAAAUUCACCAUCGAAGGAGCGGAGAGAGAAACUGACUGGUAAGCCGUGAAGACCGCCUGCGCAUCCGGAUGUCGCCGGAUUACAGUCCACGCUAUACACACGACGACUGUCCACACUGUCCCUGUACAUACGGGAAGUUCCGGAUGCCGGCAUGCUACAACCAGCAGCCCUUCCUACUCCAGCUCGUCAGCUUAUCUGUGACUCGGCCGGGUUGCUAGUCGAGGGCGGCGAAAACUUCGUCCAAAACGUUACACUCCAUCCAAGGAAGGAUCUGCCCCAGCUGAGGAAGUGACCAAGGUGCUAAGAAAG